AUGCAGAAAGCCUCUAGGUUCAACAUCACUGAAUCUGAAAACCUGAAGACCAAGGCCACGAACCCCCGCAGCACCUCCGCCUUGCCUGUAACCCCUGUGCCCGGUGAAGCUGCCCCAUUCAGCGCUGCAGCUGACUUUGGCCAAGCCUUGCUGCUGACCUCUGUGGAAGAAGAUCUCCUCAGUGCCCUCCACGUGCCUUGCCUGAUCGAACACCAGGUGGGCUUUGGCUUUCCGAAGACCAGCCCUGCGUACUCGGGCAGCUUGGCAAAUGUUCUCCCCAGAGCAAAGGGCAUCAAGAGGAACACGGCUGAAACCAUUGGCACAGCCCGGCUGCCUGGAGACGCCAUGGCUAGUGACCGUGGGAGACAUUUUGCUUUGGAGGUGAGCCUGCUGGAAAAUUACUGCCCGCGUGCAGUGACUGUGCGCCUGGGGCGGUGCAGAAGCAGUAUAAAAGCAGGCCCUUCUCCUCACUCUCUCAUCCACUUCUCUCGCCUCCGUCUCCUUGUGAACAAGGUGCACCUCCAGCCCCAAGCCAUGUCCUGCUACAGCCCGUGCAUGCCCUGCCGGCCCUGCGGCCCGACCCCGCUGGCCAACAGCUGCAACGAGCCCUGUGUCAGGCAGUGCCAGGACUCCAAUGUCGUCAUCCAGCCCUCCGCCGUGGUGGUGACCCUGCCCGGCCCCAUCCUCAGCUCCUUCCCGCAGAACACCGCCGUGGGCUCCUCCACCUCCGCUGCCGUUGGCAGCAUCCUCAGCUCUGAGGGAGUGCCCAUCAACUCCGGGGGCUUCAGCCUCUCUGGCUUGGGCAGCGGCAUUUGCGGCAGGAGGUGCUUCCCCUGCUAA